AUUAUAUUUUACCAAAUGUAUUUAAUCCUUUUUAACCACCUUCUGUCCGGCUGUUGUACAUAAUCAGCCGGACGGUGGCAGUGCAGGGUCGGGUGGCCGUUUCUAAAUGGCCUCCCCGCCCCCUGCUUGUCCGUGCUCUCUGGUAGCACGCAGCACCGCGAUCCGGCGCCCGCGAUCCGGCAAACACCGAUCGUCAGACGGGACCUCUGUGCGAGGUCCCGAUCAUGUGAUCACUGAUUGGCCAAUCAGUGAUCACAUGCAGAGUAGUAAGCAAGAUGUCGCUUCUGACAUUAUUGCUUACUACGUGUUAAAUCUGUAAAUGAUCACAGAGGUCACAUGGUACAAGCCUAUUCACAACAGCCUUGUACCA